UUUGUUGUAAAUUAUUCAUCUGACGAGCUGAAGUCAGUUGAGGUGUCUGCGCUGGGACAGAAAUGUGUAGCCUUGCCAUACAGAUAUGGUUUUGUGGCCAUACCCCUCCUCCACUAAAUGGCAAAAAAAACUCAGUAAAAACAAAUCAGUUCAAUCAAUUACUUUAAUCAAUUCAAGUGAAACACUCUAAUAAUUUAGUUGACUACUGACUUUUGACUAUGACUUCCAUUACUCUGGAUGAAAAUGUGCUGUAAGUAUUUCACAAAGUUUUUAUUUUCAAUACACUACACCCAUAUUUCAACAUAUGAGAUGACAUGUUAUCCCUCAAAAUGCCAGGGGAAAUUAUAUUUUAGGCUGAAUUUAACAUGCAAUUUGAUACAUGUCUCACCUUUCUCAAUACCAUGGCCUGUACAUAGUCCACUACAUUACUUAAUUACGAAUUACUUGCUAAUUUGUUUACACUGUACACUUGUGCAUGCUUUAGUCCAUGUUAUUUCUUUUUUGAUGAUUAAUAAAUACCCCUUUUCUUUCUUUCUACAUUAAGGAUGCCUUUUCAUCUAGUAGAAUUUCAAGCGAGCAAGGACAUUGCUGUUGUGCCAAUUGACUGGUAUGAUGAUGGGAUGGUGUACUGGCCCAGCUUUAAGAGCACAGAACGUGUGAAAAGGGCAGCUGCUAACGAGGAGAAGCAUGAGCCAAACUGGCCAAGAUAUGAUGUAAAGGUUGUCAGAACUUGUGAGUACUACAAAGACGCCAUUAGGCUUAUGACUCAAUAUCAGAAAGGCUGCAACACCUCUGACCUACAGUCUGAGGCAGAGCAAGAGGGUGAGCUGCCAGAGAAAAGAGUCAGAAAGCCAGUCCAUCGUUUUGGGGACUCUGAUGAGAGUGACGAAGACCCAGAAAAUAGUGACACUGCAUCUAUGAGGAUGCCACGACCUUCCAGCUUGCCUGCACCACCAUCUCGCCGAGUGCCAGGCAGCAGCGUACCUACUCCCUACUGUGUAGCACCUGAUCAUGGGCCAGGACAGCAACACCCUCCACCACCUCAACACCCUGCACCUGCAUUUAACAUGCAGAGAGUUACUCAAGGAACGGCAGUCCCUCCCCAACUCCCUCCACCCCCCGCACCAGCCCUCAACAUGCGGCGAACAGAGGAGCCCUGUUCAAGCAUGACCUACAGACCAACAUGGCGAGGGGGAAGAAUGAACGAUACAAUUCCCUGCUCUGCGGCUGAGGUCCACAUCCUUAGCUUGCUGGAAACCAUCAAACAGCAGCAAGACCAGCUUGUGGCAAGGUGAACUACCUCUGCAGCAGACUGAACCCCACCCCAGGGCCAGAUGUUGAGAUGCCUGAUAAUAUCCAGUUCCCCCUGGAACAAUUGAAGGCAGUGGAGGGAUUUGAAAUGUUUUUAAAGGAUCCGUCAAAUGGCCCAGCUAGACAGAAAGUGAUUUGUUCUUUGGCCACCAUUGGAGGCCAGGAUGUGAAGAGGGUGACCUGGAACAUCCUGGGCAGGCUCUUCACAGAUGAGGUGGCUCAUCAGAUUAACUGGAAGGGUGUUCAUAACAAAAAGCCCUUCAGUAGGAUGGCAACGAAGACCUUGCUUUUUAGUGCUGUGAGAAAAAACACUGUGACCCAGUCAGCCACGGACGCAGAGGUCACCAAGCAUGCAAUCAGGUGGUUCAACCUGGCAGCAGAUCGGUCUGCCAGGAGACGUGUCCCGCCUUCCUCCACACAAAAUGAUGAAUGAGUAAUGGGAGAAAAUGUUCAAAAA